AUGCGGGGAUCUUUCGUGCUGAUUGGAGCAAUCUUCAGUGCGUGUGGUUUUUCAACGCCGUACGCACAACACCACCCACUAGAAUGUGGUGAACGAAAGGUGAAGACCGUGUAUCUCGUCCAACAUGGCAGCGAAACGAAGGAAGGCCACUGGCCCUGGCAUACCGCACUCUACCAUUGGGAGAAGAAUGCCUUCGAAUACGUUUGCGGUGGUUCUAUAAUCGAUCGUAAUACCAUCCUUACCGCUGCACACUGUCUGUACACUACGCGCGGUCAGAUAAAGUUGGACAAGCUGUCUGUACAGGUCGGUCGUAAUCAGCUGUCGGAAGCUAGUACACGCUCCCAGGAACAUCAGGCCGAACAGCUGAUCAUUCAUCCCGGCUUUAGCCCCAACAAUGUUGCCGACGAUAUAGCACUGAUCAAGCUUGCGACCGACAUUACGAUGACGCGAUACAUACAGCCGGUCUGCCUGUGGAACAUGGAACCGAACCAGGAGCUGAUCGUGGGUAGGAACGGUACGGUGGUGGGUUUCGGAUUGACCGAGCACGAUCGUGUAUCGGACUAUCUGCGCCAAGCUGCGAUCGAAGUGGUCGAUUCGUGGGCCUGCAUCGAGAGUGAUCGGGAAGUGUACGGUGCUACACUGACUGCGGGUAUGUUUUGCGGCGGUGGUACAGCGGGUGUUAGUGUGUGCAAUGGUGACAGUGGGGGUGGAAUCUUUUUUGAAUUUUCCGACAAUUGGUACGUGCGGGGCGUGGUGUCGUUUAUGCCAUUGCGGGAAAAUGUUGGUCUGUGCGACGGUACCAAGUAUACCGUGUUUACCGAUGUGGCCAAGUAUCGUGAUUGGAUUGCACAGUUUAUCAACCCAACGCUUGCAUCUGUACGGACCGAUCCGCUGCUGGUGGACAACAGCCCGAAGCUGCGGCUACUAAACUUCAAUUCCUGUGGUAUCAGCCCGUACACGAACGGGACAAAUGAUACCUUCUUCGCCUAUCCUUGGAUCGGUUUGAUAGAGGUAACGGUUCGUGGACAGGCACGAACCAUGGCCCUGUGUCAGGUGACGUUAAUUAGCGAGUGGUAUGCCGUCGGACCAGCCCAUUGCUUUGCUAAUGAUGGGUUAGAACGUAUGGCCCGGUUCGGUGAUUUCGAUCGAUCGUCGGAAGAAGACUGUAUCGAACGGAAUGGUACAAUCCUGUGUGCACCACCCGUUCAAACGCUUGCCAUCGAAAGGAUCAUGGUCAGACCGGAUUUCAACAAAGUGGCAAUCACGGACGAUCUCGCAUUGCUUGAAUUUCGCCGACCGGCCAACAUUAGCCAUCCGAAUGUGAGACCAAUCUGCUUGCCGGUGACUGUUGAUCUGCGUAGCUACAAACCGCUCACUUUUGUGCUGGGAGGAUUCCCGUUGCGUGGCAAUCGUAUCGUUACCAGCAAUCCGAUCUAUCUGAAUUCGGUCAACUGUCAGGAACGGUACAAUGCGAUCCACUAUCCGUUGCGCAAAAGUCAUACGCAGAUAUGUGCCAUUGCGGUGCCGGCCAACCAUACGGGACCGUGCGAACGGAUGAUGUCCGGUUCUACCCUGCAAACGGUACAGACUUUCGGUCGGAGGGAGCGAUAUUUCUUGCAAGGUGUUCUAUCGUUCGGUGCACGUGACUGUGAUGAUACGGUGCCGGAAGUGUACACCAAUGUGGCGGUGUAUCUUGACUGGAUACUGUACAACAUGCGGGACAUUAGGCUGCAGGGUCUGGAUACAAAGGAGCAGCUUAUCUUUACAUCGUAAC